AUGUCUUACCAACAGCAGCAGUGCAAGCAGCCCUGCCAACCUCCUCCUGUGUGCCAACCUCCAAAGUGCCCAGAGCCUUGUCCUCCUCCAAAGUGCCCUGAGCCUUGUCCUCCUCCAAAGUGUCCUGAGCCUUGUUUUGAGCCAUGCCCCCCUCCCUCACACCAGCAGAAAUGCCCUCCUGUGCAACCUCCUCCACCUUGCCAGCAGAAGUGCCCACCCAAGAGCAAGUGA